ACUAAAAUCAUCACUCUAAAAUCUUGCUUCAACCCAUUUUCAAGCUGCAAAAUGUCAAAAAUGGUGUACAGUUAUACCCCCACAUACUACUCCACUCUCCAUGACUCCAUCACUUCUCUUUGCAAGACAAUCCUCCCUUUUUCAUUCAAGAAAAGGCGGUUACCGGCCACCGAACACAGGCUUUACAAGCUGCAAUCCGACAACCUGAAAUGGCAGCAGGAUUCCUUUCACCAGAUAUUGAACUUGAUGGGCCUACACAAAGAAGGGAUUUUGGGUGAAGCUGAGGUUGCAGCUUUUAGAACUCAUUUGCUUCAGACCCUUACUACUUCCCCACCUGAAUUUGAGCAGCCUGUUGUUUUGAGGGAUAAAUUGGUCUUCUUGCAGGAACUGCUUUAUGCAAAAUGCAUAUCACAGGAGGAGUAUCAUUUUUCAAAGAGGCCUUUGUUGCAACGGUUAGCAGUACAAGGAGCUGAAAUUGAGUCCAGAGAAGUAAUUGUUGCGAGCCCCAAAGACUCGAAAGAGAAUCAAGAAGAAGAAUGGUCUGUCAUUGACUUGAAGGAUGAAAACUGCAUCAGUAAUAGAGACAAUGUCUUGCAUUCCAAGAAUAAAUCAAAGAACAACUCCACAAUGAUGCAGAUAAAAGGAGCAGCCUCAGUUUUUGGCUUCGGAUCGUCUCCGAAGCCAAGUAAAAGCAGAUCGGAAAAGAGUAUAUUCGAUGCAGAUUCGAGAAUAUCAGCCUUUAUGGUGGCUUCUAAAGAAAACCCUUUUUGGGAUAGCCAUUUGAAAGGUAAGGAAAGCGACACAAAAUCAAUUCUCAUGCAAGAAGAAACAUGGCCAACGGAAUCCAUGAAGGAAAGUGGUGGUGUUACUGAUAAGGCAAAGAGAAAACCAUUUAGAACUCUGUUUCAUAUAGAGCAAAGAGAGGGAGAUGUUGGUGGAGGUGGUGAUUAUGGCCCUGGUUCAGAGGAGAAAGCAUCAAAAUCUGCUAAGAAGCAAUGGGGUUUUGAUGGUUUCAAGAAAUGGAAGAGAGACGAUCCAGAGGAUGAGACUGCUCCUUUGCCUCUCAAUGAAAGAUCAGAUAGUGAAGCUUUCCUGGGGUCAUGCCACCUUGUUGCAAGUCCUAUUGGAGACGGGUCGGACACGAAACAGAUUAAGAGGAAGCUGCAUGCAAAUGGAGUUCCAUCGGAUUUCUUCAUUGAUAAGGUUUUAGGAGACGAAAUAAAGGAGGAGCUGUCACGCAUUCAAACGGAGCUCUCCAGUACCAAUCCGAAUCUUAAAUUCUCGAACGAUCAAAUUGAAGCGAUUUCCACAACCCUUCCUGCAGAUAAGGCAGAUCUCAAAAAGUUCUUCCCCAAAUCAUGGUGUGAUCGAAAUGGAGAUGUUGUACUGGAUGUGGUGAAGAAAGAAUUCAAGGACCAUGUAGGAGAGAUGGAGAACAUGAGAUAUGCAACCAGAGAGAUGAAUAACUCAAUGCGAUGGACAACUUUUGAAGAUGAUGAGAACUGUCACCCAAAUCUCUUUGCUAAUAACCACACUAGUGGCACUACUAAGGACUUGAGAAAUAAUGCCUUCUCCUGUGAUCACACUGACAACAAGCUGAGACCUGAAUCAGCUCUCUUCCAAGAACCAGAAUCCCUUUUGGAACCCAAGGCAUGGCUCUUCUUUGCUGGGUUAGGUGAAAAGCAAGUUUAUACUAUUUAUUUGUAUCAUAUUUUGGUAUCAGACAUUUGCAAGUACUUUUGAAGUAUUGUCUUGGUUGUUGUGCAUUUAAGAUGUAUCCCAUGAAAGAAGAGGUCUGUUCUUCUGACUAACCUGUAUUUUUGGUUCUUCAGUUAAAGAGCAACAGCCUAUAUUGGGCUUUGGGUAGAUUUUUGUCCAUGACCCUGAGGCUUUCUUUAUGUGUCUUGACAAAAACAUUAUCAACAUUGGGAUCCUUUAAGAUCAA